AUGAAAUCCUACUCUGCCGCCGGACCCAACGCCCCCGGACAGUCCAAGCUGUUCCUCAACCCUGCCGCUGUCAAUCCUGCUGCCGACAGAGCCAACCAUACGAGCCUCUGGCGCCGAGCAGACGUGGGAAACAUUUACAGAAACACAGAAUACAUCACGGCUCCAGUCACACCGCCGCUGUUGGAGCAUUGCGGAUUGACUGCACAAAAGAUCACCGCGCUGGAUAAACCGGUUGAAGUUCUGGACAUGUGUUGCGGAGCUGGUGUUGUUUCAGCACACAUCCAGGCGAUGAUCAAGGAACAGGGCCGGGAGAAAGAUGGUGUUGUAAAGCUUACCUGUUCGGAUUCCAGCAAGGCUCAGCUUGAGUACGUUAAGGAGAGGGUCAAGGUGGAUGGUUGGGUAGAUACUAAAGUGGUGCAUGCGGACAUUGCAUGUCUUCCAUUUGAGUCAAACAGCUUCGACUACAUCGUUGUUGGAAUGGCUCUGAUGGUUGUUGCGGAGCCUUACACCGGCUUGUCGGAACUUCACCGUGUCCUCAAGCCAGGAGGUCGCCUUGCAACUUCGACAUGGGCAUUCGAAGGCUGGGUGCCCGCAACUCGAGAGGCCGUCGCCAAUCUCAGGCUCCCUGGGCAGAAACCCGUUCCCUGGCCGCAGGAGUCGCACCACCUGACCCGAAUUUGGUCUCCAGGCGCAUGGGAGGACGAAUACUACACAUCUGCCAUGUACAAUGCUGCCGGUCUUGUUGAUACCGAGACGAAGACUCUCACGAAAGACAUCACGUUCGAAACUCCGGAGCAGUUCUGUGCUGUUCUUCAAGGGCUGGAGCUGGGUGUGACGGAGCGAUACUGGUCCAAGGAACAGAAAGAAAAGCUGCGACCGAAGUUGACGUCGACCAUCGUCGAAUUUCUCAAUAAGAAAUAUGGCGGGAAGCCUUUUAUGACUGAGAGGACUAUUGUCGUGGCUAGCGCCACGAAGCCAUCAGAAUGA